AUGAAUGGUGCUUUCUAUUCAAAUGUUGAUAGGUUGUAUGUAUCAAGGGAGGAUGGAGGUCGGGGACUAAUAAGCUGUGAGAAGUGUGUUAGAGGUAAGGAAAACAGUUUGGAGUGAUAUGUGAGGAAUUCUUUGGACGUUUUACUGCAAGGGGUAAUAGCUACUGGUAAAAUUAAAAGCGAGGAAACUGUCAGUAAGAAUGAAUUCAGGACAUCUUGGAACAAUGAGCUGAAACUCGACAGUUGGAAGGGAAAAAGGCUGCAUGAUCAAUUUUUAAGAGAAAUACCCGGAACAACACAUGUAAGAGAAACUUGGAGCAGGUUAAGAAAAGCAGACUGGAAGAUCAAAACAGAAGGACUUAUUUGUGCAGGCCAGGAACAGGCUCUCAGGACCAACCAUGUAACUGAUACCAUAUUGACAAGACCGCGCGAAUCCCCCUUAUGUAGGUAA